AACUAAGUAAGGAAAGAAUAGCCUUACAACGUGCUAGGAGUUAAACGUAGGGUUGACGCGGUUUUGUUUUAACCUAGUUGAACUAUUUGGUUGACAGUUGUAACUUGCUGCGACUCCUCUUGUUGGACGCGAUACCCUAUACUAUAGCAUUUAGCCAGUAUGGGAGUUCCAGCUUUUUUUAGAUGGCUGACUCAGAAAUAUCCUUCUGUUAUUUGCGAUUGCAUCGAAGACAAGGUAAGAACAACGCAAGAUGGAACACGAUUACCAAUUGAUUCUUCAAAGCCAAACCCGAAUGGUGUGGAAUUUGAUAAUCUCUACCUUGACAUGAAUGGCAUUAUCCAUCCUUGCACCCAUCCUGAAGACAGACCAGCUCCAAAAAAUGAGGAUGAGAUGAUGGUUGCCAUUUUUGAUUGCAUCGACAGAAUGUUCUCCAUUGUUCGGCCAAGAAAGUUGCUAUACAUGGCCAUUGACGGAGUUGCACCCCGAGCUAAGAUGAACCAACAGCGUUCCCGCCGAUUCAGGGCAUCCAAAGAAAUUGCAGAGAAAGUUCUAACUAUAGCCAACGUUCGCGAAAGUCUUCAGGCAAGAGGUGCAUACGUUCCUUCAGAAAAAGACAAAGGGGAGCAUUUUGACAGCAAUUGUAUUACACCGGGCACACCGUUCAUGCAUCGACUGUCAGCGUGCCUCCACUAUUACGUUCACGAUAGGCUACGCAAUGACCCAGGAUGGAAAAAUAUUGGGGUCAUUCUCUCAGACGCAAACGUACCUGGGGAAGGGGAGCACAAAAUCAUGGACUAUAUCAGAAGACAGAGAGCACAACCCAGCCAUGAUCCAAAUACGAGGCAUGUGUUAUGUGGGGCCGAUGCCGACCUUAUCAUGUUGGGUCUAGCGACACAUGAAGCUAGUUUCACAAUCAUUCGGGAAGAAUUCAAGCCAAACAAACCUAGACCUUGUGAAAUCUGUAACCAAUUAGGACACGACCUGACUGAUUGCCAAGGGGCUGAGCGCGAAAAAUCUGGAGAACACGAUGAAAUAGGUCCAAACAUAGCGGCCGAACAGAAUUACAUUUUUGUUCGGCUCUACGUCCUUCGCGAAUAUCUGGAAAGGGAGCUGAGCAUGCCUAACUUGCCGUUUGAGUACGACCUAGAGCGAGCCAUUGACGAUUGGGUCUUUAUGUGUUUCUUCGUCGGCAAUGACUUUUUACCUCAUCUCCCAUCAUUAGAGAUCCGCGAAGGGGCUAUUGAUCGGCUGGUUAACCUGUACAAGGAUUGCGUGUACAAGACCAAGGGAUGGGUAACGGAUAGUGGUUUUGUAAAUUUGGAGCGGGUUCAAAUUAUCCUCGCACAACUUGGCCGCGCUGAAGAUGAAAUAUUCAAAAAGCGGCAACAGGAUGAACUUUCAUUUAGACAGCGUAUGAGAAACAAAAACAGGAGAUUUGGUGGGGGUGGGGGAAGUCGUCCAGCAUUUUUACCUCAGGGCCAGUUUGCUCCCCGUCCGGUUGGCAGAGAAUUCAACAACCCCAGCAUCACCAACGCACACCAAGAAAUUCAACAAGGUCGCCGAAAUCAAGUGCAAAACACACAAGCUGCCAUCGAGCUGAGAGCAAUGUUGCGUUCAUCGACGGAAGAAGUCGAAGUCGUAGAAAAGGUGGAAAUUGUCCAAAAAACAGGUGCCUCUAAUUUUGCUAACGGCCAAGGAGGUGGAGUCAAACGCAAAAGGGAGGAUGACGACGAAGACGAUUUUAGCCAUGACGAAGUACGUCUAUGGGAAGAUGGUUUCAAAGAGCGAUACUACGAGAGCAAGUUUGCUGUGUCGCCGACUGAUGAAGAAUUCCGUUCAAAAGUGGCUCUGGAGUACGUAAGAGGCCUCUGCUGGGUACUCCAGUACUACUAUCAAGGUGUACCAUCGUGGAAGUGGUACUUUCCGUACCAUUAUGCACCAUUUGCAUCUGACUUUCAGGACAUAUUGUCAGUGAAAACAGUUUUCAAAAAAGGAACAAAACCUUUUCGUCCACUAGAACAACUGAUGGGUGUCUUCCCUGCUGCUAGUCGUUCGCAUGUUCCUCGGCCUUGGGCAGAACUGAUGGUGGACCCCGAAUCGCCAAUCAUCGAUUUUUAUCCGGAAGACUUCAAAAUCGAUUUAAAUGGAAAGAAGUUUGCCUGGCAAGGUGUAGCUCUUCUUCCGUUCGUUGAUGAAAAACGGCUUAAGAAAGCUGUGAAAUCUCUUUUUGAUGAGUUGACGGAAGACGAAAAGCGGAGGAAUUGCCUUGGGGAGAACCAAUUCUUCGUAGGAAAACAUCACAAAGGCUACGAUUUUUUGCGAGGUCUUGCUAGCGAGACUUCUUCCGGAGAAGAGUUGCAAAUGUAUCAGAUGGAGCCGUCGUAUUUCGGUGGCAUUUCGGGCACAGUUCUUGUUUCCGAUAAAUGUGUUGGUGCUGGAGAAGCUCUUGAAUCUCCAGUACGAGGAUUGGAGCCCAUUUAUGAUUGCCAUGUUGUUUGCUUAGAUUACCGCGAUCCUAUGCCAGACGAUAGUGACUACAAAUACCUUGCGUGUCGCCUAGCUGGUGCCAAAGCUCCUGCUCCAUCGCUGAAACCGCAAGAUUUUGAUGAAUCAAGUAAUGGACCUUGGAGACCGCAAGUUGGUAUGUCACGCUCAACUCAAAGAGGAAGUCUCCAUACGGCUGGCCAUCGAAUGUUAGGACAUCACAGUCGACCAAGACCCUAUACUCCUUCACCAUUUCCACCAAGAGGACCUCGUCCAAUGGGAGGACCUAUGGCUUCAGCGGCAGCGUAUUUUGAUUCUCCGGAUCAACACCAGAUGUCACGCGGAGACCAUCGUGGAGGGCGAGGUCGAGGUGGACACGAUGAUUGGAAUCGAUCAAACGAUCAAGGUCGAUCGGGUUGGGGUGCCGGUGGAGGAGGCGCAAGCUAUCCUCCUCCAAACGACUACCAUAGACAACAGCAGCAUCACGGACGCGGCGGAUACGGCUACGAUCAACCAAACAGAUUUCCUUCCGUUUCCGUCGCUAGAUUCAGUGGUCCACCUGCAACGAGUAACAUCCGCGGCGGAGGCAUCAGUAAUCAUUACGCUCCUCGUCCGCGCGGCGGCUUUCAGCAGGGACCUCCACAGCGACCUCCUGGUCCUCGGGGGAACGCUCCGUCAUCAGCUGGAUACGGUUACUACACUUCCGGUUAUCAGGGGAAAAGAUUUUAAAAAGUAAAGGUUAAAGCUAACUUCAUCGCGUCGUUUGAAUUUCAUUGAAUAAAAAAAAAAAGAAUACAAAAAAAAAACAAAGAGAAAUGACUUAACGCAAUGACAGUGACAAAAAUUUAAAUUCGAUGUAAUGUUUAAAUUCUGCGUAAUAACAUACACUUAAUUUUCAUACUCGUC